AUGGCUUCUCAUGGUGGUAACAUGUUGUCCUUGGCUAACGCUCAGUCUCUUCUGGCCGGCAUCGUUGCUACUGCUCUCAGCACGCUCUGCCUCACCUCAAUUUUCUCCAGCAAGAGCCAGGACGAAAGCCCAGGCUUGAUCAAAUCCUUUUUCCUUUUUUUCUACUCCUCCUUCAUCAAACCCCACCAGGGCGGUAAAAAGGGCAAUCAACAAGAUGCCCUUGAGAGCUUCUACAAGAAGCAAGCCGGGGCUUAUGAUGCUACCCGAAAGGUCCUACUCCGUGGACGUGAGGACAUGCUGGCCCUUGUUGCCGCGCAGAUCCAGGCAAAGCUGACGGAUGAUGCGCCUAAGAAUGGCAACAAGAAUAAGCGAAUCUGGGUUGAUAUUGGCGGUGGCACUGGCUUCAACAUCGAGGCCAUGGGUGCAUUCGUCGAUGUCCCUACCUUCUUCUCGAGCGUAUACCUCGUCGACUUCUCCCCUUCUCUCUGCGAAGUGGCACGAAAGCGAUUUGAACGCCUUGGCUGGAAGAAUGUCAAGGUUGUCUGUGAGGACGCUCGCAAGUUCCGUCUUGAGGAUUAUGAAUCUGGGAUGCCUUCAAAGCCAAUUCCUCCUCGUUCCCCUGCUCUGAGCUAUUUUGACAAGCCUCGCCCCGACUUUGGUGGAGCGGACUUGAUCACCAUGUCUUACAGUUUGUCCAUGAUUCCCGACUACUACUCAGUCAUUGACUCUGUGAUUUCUCUUCUCUCGCCCCAGGGCAUCGUGGGAGUGAUUGACUUCUAUGUCCAGAACCAGGUUGAUUUUGCCUUCCGAAACUACACUGGUGGUCUUGUCGACCGUCACGUCAACUUCUUGUCCCGAAGCUUUUGGCGCUCUUGGUUCGAUCUUGACCGGGUUGGUCUUGAGCCCAGUCGCCGAGACUACCUCGAGUACAAGUUUGGUACUGUUCUCAACGUCAACACUCGCAACAAGGGCCUGGGAGCUAUCCCCUACUACAUCUGGCUCGGAUGCCACAAGAAGCCUUUCUCGUCGUCUAGUCUUCCCCACGAGAUUGUUGAACGCAUUGACGCCCUGGUCACAGAGUCCCCUUAUCUGUACCCCGCCAACCACGGAGAUGCCCUGACUCGAGCCGUUGAAAGGUCUGCUCCUGAGAUUCGAUCUAAGGCGUUCCUCACUGCAGUUCAGAAUCUGUCUUCCAACCUCCCUCUCCCCUCGUUCUUCUACCAGAAUCACCAUUGGCGCAUCUACUAUGAUGAGCAACUCCCCAAGCACACUCAGUUCAAGGACGAGUACAUCUACGCCUUCACCUGGGAGGAUACUCGUGUUGAUGAGCGUCUCUUGAAGCUUGGUGCUGACGACAAGGUCCUGGCCAUUACUUCUGCUGGUGACAACAUUCUCUCGUAUCUCCUUCAAAGCCCUGCCCGUGUUCAUGCUGUCGACUUGAACCCCACCCAGAACCACUUGCUUGAACUCAAGGCUGCUUCUUACACUGCCCUCCCGUAUGAGGAUUUCUGGAAGAUUUUUGGAGAUGGGAAGCACCCUCACUUCCGUGAGUUGCUCAUCACCAAACUGUCUCCUCACCUUUCUGGUCGCGCAUUCCAAUACUGGCUCAAGAACGUCCAUGUCUUCCAGAAUAGCAGUGGUUACGGCUUAUACGAUACCGGAGGUUCUCGCCACGCUAUCCGUGUCUUCCGUUGGAUUGCACGAAUCUUUGGUCUGCAGAAGGCUGUGAAGCAGCUCCUUGAGGCGAAGACUCUGAAUGAGCAGCGAGAGAUCUGGCGACGAAAGAUCCGCCCCGCUCUUCUCUCUAAGCUUGUCUGUAACUUGGUUGUCUCUCAGGAGAGCUUCCUCUGGGCUGCUCUUGGUGUUCCUAAGAACCAGCUGGCCAUGAUUGAGGCUGAUCACGCCGAGUCGGACCUUGUGAAGGGCCCCAAGCCUGCCGCCAAGAACACUCGCUCUCAUGCUAUUUGGCAUUACAUGGUCAACACUCUUGACCCUGUCGCUGAGGAGACUCACAUAGCUGCUGAUAACCCUUACUACUAUGUUUGCAUGGAUGGCAAGUUCUCUCCCAAGUGCCACCCUGAUUAUCUCAGCCCCAAGGCCCACGCCAAGCUCUCUCGCCCUAAUGCUCUUGAUGGUCUUCGGAUUCACACUGAUGAGCUCGAGGAGGUUAUUGCACGCAUCACCCCUGGUACUCUGACUGUUGCCGUCGUCAUGGAUAGCAUGGACUGGUUCGACACCGGAUCUCGAGCCGCCGCUGCCCAGAUCACUAAGCUCAACCGAGCUUUGGCUAUGGGUGGUCGUGUUCUGCUCCGUUCUUCGGCCUUGACCCCAUGGUACAUCAAAGAGUUUGAGGCUCAUGGUUUCUCACCCAAGCGACAUGGUGCUCGUCUCGAUGGAGCCUGUAUUGACCGUGUCAACAUGUAUGCUAGUUGCUGGAUUUGCACCAAGUCGGAGAACUUGCCCCCUCCCACCCCCGAGAUGGAUCGUGCUGGAGGCUCUGAGAUUACUUCUUUGACUAUCUAA